UUGUCGAAGGCUGCACGCUGUUUUUUCGUGUUUUUAAGCUAAAUAAAUUAACAUUGUAACUUGUGACUAAACAAAACGAGUGCUAAUGAAUCACCAUUUAACUCAAGGUUGAUACCAAGUGAUAUAAUUUUCUUAGUCGGGUUUAAUGUGUGUUAAAACUGAGCACUUUCAUUUUACAUGAUCUAAGUUUUGUUUAAUUUUUGACCGGACAUAACUAUUACUGAAAUGAUGAACGGAGCGAGUUCACAUAGUAAGUCGAUAGGGAUCUGGAUGUCGGACAAGAAAAGUCAAAAACUCAACUGGAAGGAGCUCACAAGAGCUUGCUCUUCACAUGGGUAUAAUCUUGUAAAGCUGGACUUGGACAGGCCUUUAGAAGAACAAGGUCGAAUCGAUAUAUUUCUUCAUAAACUCACAGACAUCAUUGCGGCGGCUGACCAAGGUGACCCAAAGGCAUCACAAAUAAUUGGUCGUGUAGAGCAAUAUUUGUCAAACCAUCCCAACAUAGUUGUAAUUGAUCCUUUAGACAAAGUGAGGAUAUUGUUAAACCGGUACUGCUACUAUUCCAUUCUGCAAGAUGAGCCAUCAUUCAAAAGACAAGGGAUAUACACACCCACAUUCGCUGAAUUCACUUCCAGCAACAUUAGAGAUAAUGUAGAAAUAAUGAGGCAACGAGGAGUCACAUUCCCUGUCAUAUGCAAGCCCACUAUUGCACACGGGUCGAAGUCUGCGCACGAGAUGAUUGUGAUAUUCAAUGAGAAAGGACUCAGUGUGUGCAAACCGCCCUGUGUCGUACAGAGCUUUGUCAACCAUAAUGCAGUACUGCAUAAGGUGUUUUUAGUGGGAAACAGAUACCACAUUUGCGAGAGACCCAGUCUGAAAAACUUCUACGCGUCAGAUGAUUUGGAGCCAAUUUUCUACAGCACAGGAGAGGUAUGUAAAGCAGACAGCCAAUCCACACUUUCAAUUCUAGAUCCUCACGAUAAGGCUGAUAUUCGAAUGACGCCGAAUGAGGAUAAAAUCAGGAGUAUUAUCAGAGUUUUAAGAAAGAAGAUUGGUUUGUUGCUGGCUGGCUUUGACGUGGUCAUAGAUAAUAGUUCGGGUGACCAUGCAGUCAUAGACAUCAAUGUGUUUCCAAGCUAUGAUAACUACCCAGAUUUCUUCGAGCAUUUCCUGGAUUGUAUCGACGAGAGUGCAAACAGGACUUGUAGUGAGCACGGAGAGUGCAAUGGUGUGAACGAAGAUUAUUCUUCUAGUCAUCUGUUGAAUGGUUUGAUGAAUGUCGGACUGGAACCAAGUAGAUUUGGUGUUACUGGUAUGAAUAUUAAUUAAUUAUAGUUUGUGGACCCAUUAAAUUAUUGUUAGUAGUUGAUGUGUUCAUAACUCAGAUUUAUACAUUUAUUUUGAACACAAGUCAAUAUAUAAUCCAACUUACACUUCAGUUCUCUGUUGGAACCAGCCUUCAAAUAAGUUCAAGUAAAAAAUACAGCAAAUACUGCCCUGAAGGCUAGUGCCUUGUUGGGCUAA